CGUAGCAGCGAUGGGAUGAGAGGGAAUGGCCUCAAGUUGAGCCAGAGGAGGUCCCCGUUGGAUAUCAGGAAGAACAUCUCUGCUGAAAGAGCGGUCGGGCACUGGCACAACUGCCCAGGAGCUGGGGGAGUCAGCGUCCAUGGAGGAGUUCCUGAACCAUGGGGAUGUGGCACUGAGGAACGUGGGCUGCUGGGCGGUGGGACUUGGUGAUCUUAGAGGUCUUUGGCAACCAUAGAUUCUGUGAUUCUGUGAAUCGAGUCAUUUAUUGUAACCAGAGGUAAUCAGCAGCGAACAACCAAAAAGUAAAGCCUCGAGAACAUGGAAACACGUAAAGGCUUGACUGGGAUAUUGAUGGAGCAACAGGCCCGGCAGCGUUCAGGUGGGGCCAGAAGGGUGGACGUGUCACCCAGUGCCUUCAGCAGCACCAACAAGCCAGGUUCCAGCAGCGCUGCAUCCGGCACCAGGCCCCUUGCUCUGGGCUGGCUGCAAGAGCCACCACCCUCCUGCUUGGGUGCCCUCAGCCCCUGUGAGGUGUGAUGACAUCACAGAGGGUGGCAUGGAACGGCCAUUGAGACACGUGGGAUGUGGAGCUGAGCUAAGGCUGUGGGGCUCAGGCCAAGCUGAGUGCAACCUGGUGAGGUUGGCACGCGGAGGACAAAGCCCAGCAGUGAUGGGACAGGGACUCUGCAAGUGGUUUCCGUCAAUACGCACAGUGUGCGUGGGGACGCAGGAGGCCACUGGCUCGAGGGAGCCAGCAUGUGUGCUGUGUGGCCAAGUGGAUGAUGACUCCAGCAUCCUUGGGUGCAAAGAAGAGCACAGUGGAUACUAUUUCCAUAUGUAUUGUGUGAAAGCUGCCAAUGAUCUUUGUCAACCAGGAUCAGAUAGCGACAGUGCAAGAUUUUAUUUACACGACCUGAUAAGCGCAGUGAGACAGGCAGAGAAGAAGCUCUGCUUCAUUUGUGGCAAGAGGGGGGCCUUCAUCACCUGCGCGGAGCCAGACUGUGACCGCAGCUUCCAUCUCCCCUGUGCCUCAGAGGGUGAAUAUAUCACCCAGUACUUUGGAGAGUUCAGGUCCUUCUGCUGUGAGCACUGCCCGCAGCAGGCAGUGGAGGCAGUGCCGGAGCAGGACACGACCUGCAUCAUCUGCAUGGACCCCGUAGGUGACAGCAAGUCAUACAGCACCAUGGUGUGCCCGUCUUGCCAACACGCCUGGUUCCACCGGGCGUGCAUCCAGGUAGGAGCACUCCCUCGCCCUGUGGGAAUGGUCAGCGCUCAGCAGCACCAGGCCCGGCUCACACUCACGUUGCUUGUGUUUCUGGUGCAGGAGCAGGCCCUGUGCGCAGGGAUUGACUGCUUCCAGUGCUCCCUCUGCAGAGACAGGGACUAUUUUAUUGCAGACAUGCUCGCCAUGGGGAUCCGAAUCCCACUCAGAAGACCAACAUGGGAGGACGACGAUGCCUUUGCAUCCCUGGGAGUUAGGCACCAGCACUGUGAUGCCACUGACUGCCUUAAUCCACACGGCAGAGAUUGGAAAGAGGAAGAAGGGCCCUGGGAGCUGCUCCUCUGCAGCUCCUGUGCUGCACAAGGGACUCAUCGGCGCUGUUCCUACCUGAGUCACAGCACAACCGAGUGGGAGUGCAACACCUGUGCUGGAGAGGGCAUCGACUCCAACACAAAUUUGGACAGUGCUGGACUCAGCACCAUCACCCAGCAGGAACCAGGGCCUUCCCAAGGCUCCAGCACCACCAGCCAGGCACCAUCAGGGUCAGCUGACUGUUCCCAUGUGCCUGUGAGCAGUGGCCAGUCCAGCCAGCGCAGGACGGGCCGGAGGAGAAUCCGCCCGCAUUUAAGCCGGGAGGAGAACACCUACAAUCAGCCCCGAGGAGGCCGUGGGAGCUGCCGUAAUGCUGCCCCGAUUGCUGGGAGCAGCUCCCUAAACUCUGCCAGCCGUAGGACAUCAGAGUCCUCGAGGCACUCCCCAGAACUUGGCUACAACCGCUGGUGCAGACAGGGACAGCGGGCCCGGACACGAAGCCGCUCUCCGUUGCAGCGCCGGGCCCAAGGUUCUCCAAGCCAGCCCCAAACACGCCGUGGGAGCAGACAGGCACCAAGUGCUAAGAGCUGCACCCACAGCUACACCACACCGAGAGCACCGCGGUCCUCAGGGGAUUCCACAGCGGCUGAAGGAAGCUGGUCCCGGCAGCCAGGGCGGGCGCGGACUCGAAGCCGCUCCCCUCUUGAACAUCGGGCUGCAGAGAUCCACAGCCAGCCCCGAAAUCGCCGCAGGAGCCAAUCCAGGCGGCGAGGGCCACCCCAGGGGAGAAACCGCUCCCGGGUACCACGUCGGGCCCAGCAUAUCCACAGCCGGCCCUAAUGAUGCAACAGAAACAGUUGUGUAAAAGCUCCAUUUGCUGUCAUCAGAUCC